CUAUAAAAGGAAGUAAAGUUUUCCUUUCUUGAACACAAAAACUGCAUCGUUUUUACUUCUCUCUCUCUCUAGUUGGGGUGGCUUUUGGCUUCUGUGAUCAGACCAAACUAAGCUAAGCUACCUAGCUACUCUCUCUCCCCCUGAACAAAUUAAGGUGUGAGAAAGAGACGAGUAGCUAGAGAGAAUGGCAAGAGAGAAGAUAAAGAUAAAGAAGAUAGAUAACAUAACAGCAAGGCAGGUGACAUUCUCUAAGAGAAGAAGAGGGCUUUUCAAGAAGGCUGAAGAGCUUUCAGUGCUUUGUGAUGCUGAGGUUGCUCUUAUUGUUUUCUCUGCUACUGGAAAGCUCUUUGACUUUGCCAGUUCAAGCAUGAAGCAUAUCCUAGCAAGAUAUAACUUGCACACCGAUAACCUCAACAGACCAGAUCGUCCAUCCCUUGAAUUGCAGCUGGAAAACUCCAAUCAUGCCAGAUUGAAAAAAGAGCUUGCUGAAAAAAGUCAUCAACUAAGGCAGAUGAGAGGGGAGGAUCUGCAAGGACUGAAAAUAGAAGAGCUGCAGCAGUUGGAGAAAGUUCUCGAAACAGGACUUAGUCGCUUGCUCCAGACUAAGGGUGAACGUAUUUUUAACGAGAUUUCUGCACUUGAAAAGAAGGAAGCUCAAUUGAUGGAGGAGAACAAGCUAUUGAAACAGAAAAUGGAAAUGUUAUGCAAGGGAAAGAAAGUUGUCGUUGCGGAUUAUUCGGAUACAGCUGUACAAGAAGAAGGCUUGUCGUCCGAUCAGUCUGCAAACAAUGUCUGCGGCAGCAGCAUCAGUGGCCCUCCGCCUGAAGAUGACGGCUCCGAUACUUCUCUCAAAUUAGGGCUUUCCCUGCUCUAGCGAGCUGGAACUUCUUGACGACUUAUGAGGGGGAUAAAGACAUGCACAGCAGCACAGGCACUUAUAUUAUGUUUCUUGGAAUUAUAUAUAUAUACACAGCAAGGAUGUAUUUGGCUUUCCAUAUAUGUUAUUAUAUAUGUUGUAAUAAGAAAAUCCGUCAAGACAUGUAUGUGAUUAUGGAUGUUUUGUCAUUUAAUGGGAGGUUUUUUCUUCCUACU